AUGGUCGACAACAAGAGAAGUGGACACGCAAAAACAGUGUGAAAGUCUUGUGUUUUAUAGAAAAAUCCCCAAAAUAUGCAAAAUAACAAAGAACGAGAUGCAUCUGAUGCAAUUUCAGAGCAGUCUGAAGAUGACCAACAGGUUUUAUCCUUAUUCGAGCAUUCUGAUGUCUCUUUCAGAGCGAGAAAAUGAAGGUUCAUUCAACGGCAAUAGUCAAAUACACGAGUUUUGCUCCACCGGUUUUACCCUAUUGGAGGCUUAGCCAGGACACUAACCUCAACAUUGCUCCAGCAAAUUGGCUUAGAGAUGGCCGGUUUUCAGAUGUUUUACCACAGAGUCGUAGACCUGUUGAUUUUUCAAGUUUUGAGAUUGCUCACACCUUUCUGGAUACUAUUGGUGAUGUAGAUGUGAUUUCAGAUGCUGAGAACAUCAAGAAGUUAUUGAAAAUGCCACAUAGUAAGGGAGAGAUUAGCAUAGCUGUCCACAGGAUUGGCAGGACCUUGCUCCUUGAUGAUCUGGAUUUACCAGGCUUACUUUCUUAUGCAUCACAGAGUGGAGGUUUUAGCAACUACAAAUGGCUGCUGGAUUUCUAUUGUGAGCAAAGUGGGAUACCAAAGGGUGCUGACUUCAGGAAAAAGAAAAACAGAAAUCAAGCAAGAGAAAGGGAUAUUCUCUCAAAGUUUCUCCAUUACAGUAUCCAGCAAAGUAGUGAAGACCCUUCUAGAAGACCACCUUAUGAGCAGCCAGCCACCCCUCCUGAUGUCAAGCCAAACAUCAGUGAUCCAGGGGGGCCAGUUGUGGUGACAGAGCCAGAGGAAGAAGACGCUCUUCCAGAGCCCAAGCAAAGGUCUCCAUUUCAGAGAAAUAUUCUGUGGCGUUUUGAGGACAUUCAUAUGCUAGUUGGUUCAAAUCUACCUAUCUUUGGAGGAGGCAAAUACCCUGCUGUGAGUCUAAGGCUCAGGGACUGUGACAAACCAAUAAAUGUGCUGACUGGGCUGGACUACUGGUUGGAUAACCUCAUGUGUAAUGUGCCCGAGGUCGCCAUGUGUUACCAUGUGGAUGGGAUAGUUCAGUAUUAUGAGCUAUACAAGACAGAAGAACUGCCCAAUCUCAAGGAUAGCACCUUCUCGCCUCAGGUCGUCAAGGACAUAGCAAAGAACCUCUUGUCUUUUAUGAAGUCAAACUGCACGCAGGAGGGCCACACCUACUGGCUCUACAAAGGUAACGAUAGCGAAGUUGUGAAGCUCUACGAUCUCACUUCAAUCUGUGAAGAGCGGGAUGGGAAUAACUACCAGAAUCUGUUCACUGUUCCUGUGGGUAUGCUGUUCUUCAGAGUGGCGAAGAAUAUGAUGAAGCAAAGAAGGCUAAAUUCACGGGAACAAGGCACCGUUCGACUGCUGCUUGAUAACUGUUUAACACUGAUUGAAGAGCAUAAUUUCCCUGAGAUCGUGGCAUCGGCUAAUUAUCUGCUAUCAGAACUCUACUCUCCCGAUAAUGUGCAUAUUACACCACACGAGUCAUCAGGAGAAUCACAACACAGCUCGAAAGAGGACCUUACCCUGGGUGAUUGCACAGAGGAUAAUGAAAAUACCCCACCGGACGAGAGUGUAAAUAUUCUCGACGUUCGUGAACUCUCCACUCCUGGCAUGUACCAGGACGAAGUGAAGCAGAUGGGCUCGAUGUUGACUGGGAAUGUGGAACAAAGAUGCAAGGCUGCGCUUUCUUACAUCGUGAAGGGCUUACUGUGCCUCAAAAUGGCGGCCGCAUCGCAUGAUGAGCUUCACCAUGGCAACAGUCAAGCCUCGUCCCAGGCCCCCAUCCCCUCCACGGCGUUAUCCAUACGACACGUCAAUAAACCUGAGCCCAGUUCCCCCGAUCCACUCCCCAUCGCCAAGCCAGACAUUCCAGGAAAGAACUCCUUAAUCCUCAUUAAGCCUGUUAAAUGGAAGUCCAAGUCCACUGCGCUACUCCUACGUAAGGCUGCCACGGUUUACCAUUCACUAGCUUGUGUCUCGAACUCGAACGGAAAAUACGGACGAGGCUUAAGGUUUUGUAAACUGGCAUUCAAGUGUUUUGAAGCCCAGCAGAGAUUCGCGGAUAGGACCUCGACUUCUAGCCAAGACAGUGCCAUAUUGCGUUCAGUCUUGUGCGCAUGUGCUGACGCUUACCUGAUGCUGGCCAAGUGUACCGAAGGCCUUUCCAUGCACGGCGAAGACUUCAAAAACUUGUCUAGCGAUGACCUCGCGCUGUCUGAGUCGGCAGGCGAGUGUGUCAGCGGUAUACCUGGCACGUUUUAUAGCAAAGUGGAAUUUAUCGUUUCCAUGGAAAGGAACUUUUGUACUAGUGUUGAGCUGUACGAGGCGGCGCUAGACCUGAUGGGUAAAGAUACUCAAGAGGAGGAGUUCGUGAGCAUCGCUCGUCGCGUUGGCAACGUCAAGAACGAGUUGGGCGUGCAUUAUAUGAACUGCGCAGCAGCAGAGCUACACCGCGAGGUACCCCCGACUAGCGCCGAGCGGGACUUAUGGCGGAAAAGCAUCUCGUUCUUUGAGAGUGGAAUACGCGCCUUCGAGACUAUUGACGACAGGGCAAAUAUGGCAUUGCUGUAUUCAAACUCUGGUCGACUUAUGCGGCUGUGCGCGCAGGCAGUUGCGGGAUACGGGACAACCCGCGGGCAGUUCUCACAGGAGGAGAGAGCAUUCUUCAACAAGGCUUUCGAGCUCUAUAAUCAGGCUCUGCGCACCUUAGCGGAGCGGAGGGUAUGUCCGGGAGUCUGGGACACAGUCACGUGGGAGCUUAGUGGAGCUUACAACUCUAUGGCCGUGCUUCUACAGGACUACCCUCCCCUCUCCUUAGUCUCCCAUCAACAGGUUGAAAAGGAGGUCACUGAACUCAUGAUGAAAGCGUUAAAGCUCUGCGAACCAGGUCCCAGUAAGCUCCCGGGCAAAUCCCAGGCCCCUGGCGACGUGGAAAGAAGAGUGGGGACUAUUCACCACCGUCUGGCAUCUCUUUAUCAUAAUGCUUACAGGAACGAGGUGUCCGACCACCUUAAAAAGAAGCAGCGCUCCCUGGCCGAGCUGCACUACGCCAAAGCGUGCACGUACAUCCGAGCAGACGUCUUCCCUUGCGAGUGGAUGCGGAUCCUUUUGGAGCGAGUCGCUAUGUGCGAGCAUCAGCUCGCUCUCCAUACGGGCUCAUCAGCUGCCGUCAAGACGUUGCAAGUUGCUCUGGGGUCUCUACUCGAGGCUAGAAAGGCCCUGGUAGUGCUGAGCACACAUGGAGGGAGAAGUUCGCGCACAGAAAAGAGAUCUGGCAGUUUUGAGUCACCUGAUCGCGUGAAAGGUAAAGAGGGUGCACUUGAUGCCCAGCAGGAGGUCGCUUCAGGGUUAACAGACAACGACUCGUCUCUUUGUGAAAAAGGCAUCCGGGACAUACCAGUCAAAGAGGGCGUGGCUGAGCACGUGGACGAAGGUGAACUCGAUGUUCUUGUGUCAAUACUAGAGGCAAGGUUGAACAACGCUCUGAAAGAACUCGUCAAAGGUCUCAGUCAGAAGGGCCGAGGUAAGGGUCCGGAGCAGACGGGUCUGGACAAAGCGAAGCGAAUGUACUCCGUAGCGCUCAGAGCCACAACGCAAGGAAGCAAAGGGGACGUUAAGGCCAAGGCAAAUGCUCUUGCUGAGGCGCUCAGUGCUAUAGAUGAAAUCAGGAAUUCUUGACAGAGGUCUCACGUGGGCUUGCUAUGGAUUAUUUUAUUUCUAACAUUUCGUAUCAUCAAAAAAAAAAAACUACUUUGCUGGUUCCUGUGUUGCUAGCCUCCAAUGCAGGCGUUUAGCCGGUGUUUUAUAGCGUAAAUCCUGUUAGAAAUACACGCAAAUGAAUCCAGUGGAUUGUUUCAUCUUCAUUUGCGUGUAUUUGCAUUGAAUACGGCUCAUGGAUAAUACAACGUUUGAACUUAGCCUCAGUUUAUUUUCAUUUGUCUGACUAUAAUGUUUUGCCUAUUCCAUUGCAAUUAUAUUGGAAUUGAUCGCCAAGCGCGCACGUAUCUUUUUUGAUCUCGUUGUCCUAGCCGCCGUCGUGGUACUUAUGCUAGGUCCCUAGUAAUAGUUAAUAUAGCUUAAAGAUUUGGGAUCCCUGUGGCCCAUCCCUCAAGCUUGAAAAUAAAGAAAAUAACGACCUCUUAUAAAUAUAUAACCUAUAUAAUAUACAAUAUGUAUAUAACUUUUUUUGUGUUGUUGUGUGAAAACAACUCACUGUCUGAUAACAUUUCUUUGUGACAGAAGUAGAACAAGAAAUAAGCGCAUAAACACGGCCUAUUUAAAGAUUGGCCCUCUUCCACUAAAUAAUGUCGAGGGGACAAGAAUCCAAGAGGAUUCAUGAAUUAAAUACAGUUGCUCUAGAGCUGUUGGAAGUGACUUAUUAAAGUAAGUAAAAGACAGAAUGAAGAA